UUAGAAACAUAAUAAACUCGAAAGACAAAAGAGACGAAUAAAUAAUCAACAUAACAUAGCUGCAUGGAAAUGUCGCACUUAGUACAAUGGGCUAGAUGGGCUGCAACAUGGCUUCAGUUGCUGUUUUCAAAUCCAAGUGCAAUGUUGUUGCACCAAACGUAUCGGCAGAUUAAUUAAUGUUUGCAGAGCUUUUAGCAAAUUGGAAAAAUGUCAUCAAAAUCAUUAUGGCUGAGACCAUCGAAGGCCUAUCAGCGUCCGGCUCAGACGUCCAGUGAUCAAUUACCAUUUCUGACAAGGUCACGAUUUAGUGCUUUGCCACAUUUUCGGCCGACCAAGGGUCACGAUGCUGAGGAGAAUCUGUCGCUGUUUAUAGCCAUACUCUAUGUGGUGGAUAUGUUUGGGGUAUUUCCGUUUGUCACUCUGCCCGCUUUAUUGGUGGAAUUGGGAUUUUUCGGCAUACCUUUGGUCAUUUCGGUGGUGGUAUUACAAAUUUACACCUCGUUUUUGCUGAGCGAAUGCUGGACCAUGGCCGAGGGUUUGGAUUCAUCGAUUGUGCACAAGAGCAGAUAUCCCUAUGCUGCCAUUGCGAAUCUGGCCUACGGUCGUUAUUGUGGUUUCUUCGUUACCAUUCUCCUGGAUGUGAGCAUCUUUGCUGCCGGUAUUCCCAAUAUUGUUAUGGCUGCCCAGAAUCUUGAAUUGGUGGGAGAUCGCAUUACCAAUGGGGAAUUUCAUUUCUCAUUUUGUUACUGGACCAUUAUUGUGGGGGUGUUCAUAAGUCCAUUGGUUUGGCUGGGCAGUCCCAAGCACAUGAGAGGAUUGGCCAUUUUAUCCGUUUGUGUCAUGAUCAUCAUUGUGACUCUCAUGUGGUUCUGUCUGUUUGCGGCCAAGCCAAUUGGCAAACCCUUUGAAGGAGUUAGUCUGGAAUUGCCACCGUUUUUAACCAUUCUAAGUGGCUACAGCAUUUUGGCAUUCCAGUUCGAUAUCCAUCCCAUGCUUUUGACUCUUCAGAUUGAUAUGCAACAAAAACAUCAAGUCGCCUGGGCGGCAUUCAGUGGAAUAUCAAUUACCUGCUCCAUGGCGAUAAUUGGCUCCGUCAUUGCUGCCUACAAAUUUGGAACUAUGAUUGCGGAAAAUCUCUUGGAAACCUUGCCCAGCAGUGUGCCCCUUUACAUCUUACUGGUGCUGAUGGCUUUGCAGUUAUGUUUCUCUACAACGGCUGCCAGUGCGGCAUUAUUUUUGCAAUUGGAGAAUUUCUUUAAGAUUUCAGAAAAUUUCUCGUUGAAGCGCGUUGCCGUACGCACCUCAGUGGUGGCACUGCAAGUAAUAAUAUCCGAAUUCCUACCGAGUUUUGAUGCCCUAAUGGAUAUUGUUGGUGGCACAAUAACCGGCCCAUUGGUCUUUAUAUUGCCACCCUUGCUGUACAGAAGAAUGGUGCAAUUGGAACGUUGCCAUCAAAGAAUAGCCACCGAAGCAGCUUACGGCAGCCUACCAUUGGAUUUGAAUUAUGAACCAAUGGAUGGACCACCACCACAUUUUGAUCGCAGUUCGAGACGUACACUGGCCGCAAUGUGGGAGAUAUGUUGGCUGCGCACCGUGUACACAUUCAAUCGAUUCCAGUGCGACCUGUCUCUGUCAAUGGGUGUGCUGAUUUUCGGUAUAUUGGCAACGUUCUUUUCGACAUAUUUGAAUUUAUUCGAAUUGAAUCAAUUGUUUACAAAUAAUUCUCCAUGUUUUGGAAAUGUAACCAAGCGGCAUUAAAGGCGGAAGAA